GGAAUUAUUUCCCGAAAUUGCCCAGCUUUCCGUUAUUAAAAACAAGAAGAUUAAAAAAAAAAAAAAAAAAAAAAAAAAAAAAAAAAAAAAACGCAUUUGCUCUUUUUAUCACCUUCUCAACCCUAGCCACUGGUCUAGGGCUCUUCCCACUGGUCUCCUCCGGUCCUCAUGGCGUCCCUCUCGACAACUCUCUCUCCUCAGUUCACCCCUUCACAGUGGAUCCAUUCUCGAAACCCUAGAAGCUCUGCCUUCACACCUCGGUUCAUCAAGAGCCGCCCGUCGACGGAGGCGAGGAUCGCGGUGAGCUCCAACGGAUCUCGCUUCGUUUGCAAAGCGGUCUCGGUUAGGCCUCAGACUGAGAUCGAGGGGCUUAACAUCGCCGAAGACGUUACUCAGCUUAUUGGGAAGACACCUAUGGUAUAUUUAAAUAACAUUGUGAAGGGAUGUGUUGCAAAUGUUGCUGCCAAGCUCGAGAGCAUGGAGCCAUGCAGUAGUGUCAAAGACAGGAUAGGAUACAGCAUGAUAACAGAUGCUGAACAAAAGGGGCUCAUAACUCCUGGAAAGAGUGUAUUGGUGGAAGCAACGAGUGGGAACACUGGCAUUGGUCUUGCCUUUAUUGCCGCUUCAAGAGGAUAUAAAUUGAUUUUGACAAUGCCUGCAUCUAUGAGCAUGGAAAGGAGAGUCUUGUUUAAAGCUUUUGGAGCAGAGCUUGUUCUUACAGAUUCUGCCAAGGGCAUGAAAGGAGCUGUUCAAAAAGCUGAAGAGAUUUUGAAGAAGACACCCAAUGCUUACAUGCUUCAACAGUUUGAUAACCUUGCUAAUUCUAAGAUACACUUCGAGACGACUGGUCCAGAAAUCUGGGAAGAUACAAAUGGCAAGAUCGAUAUAUUUGUCGCAGGAAUUGGAACUGGUGGAACUAUUACUGGUGUUGGCCGCUAUCUGAAGAGCAAAAACCCCAACAUAAAGGUUAUUGGUAUCGAGCCUACUGAAAGUAACAUACUCUCAGGGGGGAAGCCUGGUCCACACAAGAUUCAAGGAAUUGGUGCCGGAUUUGUACCAAGUAUUCUAGAUCUUGAAGUUAUAGAUGAAAUUAUUGAGAUAUCCAGCGAUGAAGCUGUUGAAACAGCGAAGCAAUUGGCUCUUCAGGAAGGAUUGCUGGUGGGCAUUUCCUCUGGAGCGGCAGCUAGCGCUGCUAUGAAGGUGGCAAAGAGACCAGAAAAUGCAGGGAAACUUAUCACGGUUGUGUUCCCAAGCUUCGGUGAGCGGUAUCUUUCCACCGUACUCUUCCAAUCGAUACGUGACGAAUGUGAGAAAAUGCAGCCUGAGCUAUGAGAUGCCCACAAAUUUGACUUGCUAUUUUCCAUCACGUGUUUCCAUUCAAGAAUGUGCGAACAGAAAAUCUCGUCAAUUACCAAAUGUUUGUACAUUCAACUGUUGCAUGAGCUUUCCUUCUUUCUCGUGGUUAAUAAUAAUGCAAGCCGAACAGAUUGAAAAUUUGUUUUGUAUGCAUAACAUUCUAUGCAGCGCAUGGCUUUGCAAGCAUAUUUAUUUAUAUAUUUGAAGUAUUGUUCGGAUUUAUUUUUAUUUUUAUUUUUUUGUAAUUGGCUUGCAAAUUGUUUUGCAAAUGAUCGUUUAUAUAUUGUACAGGUUAUGCAUGA